AGGGUGGAUCACCCCCCACCAUCUCACUCGUGCAAGGGGAGUCCUGCACUGGCCUAUUGGUAACCCCUGCUGUAUGGAAUGAGCAGUUAGUCGCCAGAUUGCACGGCGGCCCUCAUAGUUUUAGUGCUAAUGCAUUCGUUGGAGAGGUGGCUUAUCUGCUGCAGGCAGGCUUUGCUGUUGUAUUGCCCAACUAUAGAGGAUCUACAUCAUUCGGAUUGGACUUCCUCAAUGCUCUUCCUGGCCAUGCUGGUACUAUGGAUGUUGCUGAUUGUGACGACAUAGUCGUGCAUGCUAUACAAGACCUCGAGAAGAGCACAGGUAAGAGGGUUAAGGGGGUCAGCUUAUUUGGCGGCUCGCAUGGAGGAUUCCUAUGUGGACAUCUGGUCGGGUCAUCGGAUGCAACAGUGAGGGGAAGGUAUCAAUGUGGCAUACUGUGGAAUCCAGCUGUGGAUUUACUCUCCCAAUGCCUCACUACGGAUAUACCCGAGUGGUGCUUUGUGGAGGCCUUUGGGGAGAGGGAUGGGGCCUCAGACUUUGACUAUCAACCUCUGACCAAGGAGCAGAUGGGGAGGAUGAGAGAGGUCUCAGCCACUCAUCUGGCUAAGAAUGUUGACAAGCCUGUUAUUGUAUUACUUGGUGAGAGUGAUCAAAGAGUACCCCAUAUGGGUGGACUGAGAUGGGCCCAAGCAGUGUCAGUUAAUGGUCAUUGUCCCUCAGUGGAUGUGUAUAUGUAUCCCGAGCAAGGUCAUGCUAUAGAUAAGCCUGAGUGUAACACUAAUACCUCAGUUCUUGUCUUAUCCUACCUCAUGACCCAGGCUUCAUCUCAUCGGGAGUAGCAAUGGUCCUCUCCAAUCGGGUUUUGUUGGUG